CGUUCUUCGCUUCUUCGAUCGUUUGGGUGAACCACGAGCAACAAACUGGUCCUUCCUCUAUAGAUCUACUACAGUAUGCAUAGCUAGUAGUACUACUACCGGUAGCUACUAGUAGCCAGUUCUUCGCUUCUUCUUUGGAAAACCGGUGCAUCUGAAGGUAUCUUUUGUUCUUUCAAUAGAGAACACUCCAAUCAACAAUCGGUUGGCACUUCCUUGUCGGCCUUCAUCAUCAAGCUCCACCAGUUUUCUGCUAGCCCUGCCAAGAGAGACCGGCUGAGAGUGUUUGUUUGGUGUCCUCCUUUCCAUAAAUAUUAUCCAUCCUAUCCAUCACCAACGAGAACACAGCUAAUACCAUCAGGAGUGGUUCUUUGGUGUUAUCUUGUUGUUUUUGAAGAAGAAACUGGUGGACCAUGUCAUCUACCGAAGAACAGCAAUUCCCCGUGGCGCAUUUGCGUCCAACUUUGGAUGAGCAGUUCAGCUUUCGCAGCGACGUGUCCAACAAUGCGGAUAAUAUGGCACUAGAUGCUUCCGCCAAGACAAGUCUUCAGAGCUUUGUCGCCACGGAAGAAUGGUUCCAGAAACCCCUCGUUGUGGUGGUGAUUGGUGCCAGUGGAGAUUUGGCUCGCAAAAAGACCUACCCGUCGUUAUUUGAGCUCUACCAGCAUGGCCUUUUACCCAAAGAGACUAUGAUUUGGGGAUAUGCUAGGACUGCCAAAACCCACCUCGAAUUCCGGGAUCAUUUGCAUCCCCACUUGACCCCGGGCCAGAUACCCACUUCUUCCAAGAAACUCAAGGAUUUCUUGGAAUUGUGUUAUUAUCACAAUGGAAAGUCCUACGGUGACAAUGAAGCCUAUGCCGCAAUGUUGGGCGAGAUCACGGGCAUGGACACGUUCAACGCGAAGGAUGCCAAUGUGUUGUAUUACUUGGCCAUCCCGCCCAAUGUCUUUGCCGAAACUGUUGCCACGUUGGAAGGUAUGCCCAACGCUGUUGUCCAAGGCAAGACGAGGUUUGUCAUUGAAAAACCAUUUGGUAGAGACACGGCUUCUUGCCAAGCACUCCUGGAUGGAUUCAAGGGCUUGGGCGAAGAAAUGCAGUUUCGCCUCGAUCACUACCUUGCCAAACCCAUGGUGGAAAACUUGGCGACCCUGAGGAUGGCGAACCCGUUCUUGGAAAACAUGUGGAAUCAUGAGCACGUCGAGUCUGUCCAUAUUCGCUUCAAGGAACCUUUCGGGACCCAAGGCCGUGGCGGCUAUUUUGAUCAAUAUAACAUCAUUCGUGACGUGUUGCAGAACCACCUCUUGCAAGUCUUGCUGCUUGUCGCCAUGGAACUUCCGAGCUCCCUCUUUGAUUCGGCCGGAGACGAAAGCGACUCGUUUCGUCAGGCCAAGAUUGAAGUGCUCGAGAGAAUGCCUCCAAUCGUCCUGGAAGAUGCCUUGUUGGGACAGUACGACGGAUACAAAGACGACCCAACCAUCAAGAACAAGGACACCAACUGCCCAACGUAUGCUGCACUCCGCUGUUUUGUGAAUAGCAAACGCUGGAAGGGCGUGCCAUUCAUCUUGGAAGCUGGGAAAGCACUUGAUCAAAAGGUGGUGGACGUGCAGGUCAAGUUCAAGAAUCGCCAUCCCUUCCCGUCGAACAUGGUGACCAUCGAAGUCCAACCCAAACCCAGCAUGACAAUGACGGCACAUAUGAAGCCCCUUGGCGGCGCCAGCGGAACCAUGGACGUUACCACGACCAACCUAACGACGGACUAUUCUUUUGAUGGCAGCGAUGACAUCCUCAGCAAGCCGAUUGAGAACGCCUAUAGUCGUCUCUUGCUCGAUGUCCUUCGUGGACAUCAGAACAACUUUGUCCGUUCUGAUGAGCUGGUCCGCAGCUGGGAAGUGUUCACUCCGUUGCUGCAUCAAAUUGAAAGGGACAACAUCCAGCCUGUCAUGUACGAGUACGGGUCGAGUGGCCCCUCCUCCAGGCCUGCCUUUAUGGAUGAAAUGGUUCAGGCAAACAUGAAAUCGUCUUUGUGAACCUGGCGGCGAGGCUUCUUGGUUCAUCUCCAUGCAUUCAUGAAACUUAUCACCAGUAUUAGUUACCCUGCACGGGCAGUAUCAACACAGCUAUCAGAACUACACCAGCAAGUCUGCCUGACUAACCCAAACAAAUCCAAAUAUACUAAUGCACUCUUAUACAUGCCUGAAUUCAAUCGUUCGUUACUACUGCGGUGACUACAUGUAGUUGAACAAGAUCUCUCGAUGCAGCAAUGGUCCGUCCCUCGUGUUUCCUUUCUUGCGGUAUCGGGCUCUCUUUUUUGCCUAAGCUCAUUGGGAUUCACACUCUUGGAAGUAGUUUUUCUGUAGACUACCCUUCUUUUCUUAAUGUGAUGGUUGCGGGAUCGAGUGGGUACACGUACUGUAAUCCACUGGUAGAUAGAUGAGCUGGAACGGUUCAGGUCACCGCAGAUGGAAGCGAAGCCAACAAUCGAUGACAUCUUUCUACCAGAAAAACAGCGUAGACAGGCGGUUACCUGCUACUAGAUAGUGUAAAGCAGAAGGACGACAGGUACAAGAGUAGAGGGAAAUGCAUUUCGUUUAUGUAGCAAACGCUUGGUGUUUCAUGGUUACUUAGUUCGUUGGGUUAGCAAAUCGCCGUUGCUACCUCAGUUCUCCUGACACGCAGCCAACAGAGGUCACCACCGCCACCCUGCCGCUCUCAAGCCCCGCCCCUUUUAAUUUGACAAAUAGAUCUUCGUACGUACGGUACAGCUCAUUUAUGAGUGCUAUCGAGUGUAGCUUCAUUCUUUUCCUUUAUUCGUUGGCUGGCCGCCUAGGCUUCGUCAAUCAUUUGGAACAAUUGGAACUUCCACCUCACCGCGGUUCGUACGUCCGAGGCAUCGGGAAGAGUUCGUAGGAAUCGCUCGAGCUUGACCAACUCGCUGUCGUGGGGAUCGUCAAACCAGGAUUCAAUUGGUAUACCAUUGUCGACCUGAUACCCAAAUGCAUGGGGAGAAUUGUCAACGAGGACUGUCUUCGAUAAGUCUCUGCCGAGAACAUUCAGGUCCUUCAAGUAGUUGCCUUCGACGGCCAAACAUGACUCUCGAUAGAGUCGGUGAUGGAUGUAUUUGCCCUCUGAAGUGAUGGUUGCAGAAACAAUAGAAAAGAGUCAAAAAAGUGUAAGCAUUAGACAAUAC